UCACAGCGCACCUUCAAAAGUACAGUAUGCAGGCAGGUGACUUCAUUUUGGCAACCAACAUUCUGCUCUCUGGAAACAACUACGUUUUGGCAGGAGAAGAGGGCUGAAGUCAUUGACCGCCAUGUGUCAUCCAUAUAUGAAGUGGUAGUAUAUUUUAUGUCAUCAACAUAGUAUUAGCUUUGUAAUGUAUUUUCAUUUUCUGAUUACUAAACAUCCUUUUUGUGUGUGUGUGUAGUUUAUUCUAGCUGACGGGAGAACGGACUCCUCAGGUAAAUUAGAAGAAUAUGUAUAAUGUGUUUCACUUUAUAUAUGUGCCACUACUUUCCAUAAUAGUGCAAACACCCUAUCCUAGUCUGUAAUCCCCACAUGCUUCAAGAUGGCCACCAUUGUCCCUGUAACUAAGAAAGCUAAGGUAAUUGAACUAAAUGACUAUCGCCCCAUAGCACUCACCUCUGUUAUCAUGAAGUGCUUUGAGAGACUAGUAAAGGAUCAUAUCACCUCCACCUUACCUGCCACCCUAGACCCACUUCAAUUUGCUUACCCCCCAAUAGAUCCACAGAUGAUGCAAUCGCCAUCACAUUGCACACCGCCCUGUCCCAUCUGGACAAGAGGCAUACCUAUGAAAGAAUGCUGUUCAUUGACUACAGCACAGCAUUCAACACCAUGGUACCCUCCAAGCUCAUCGUCAAGUUCGAGGACCUGGGUCUGAACUCCGCCCUGUACAACUGGGUCCUGGACUUCCUGAUGGGUCGCCCCCAGGUGGUGAAGGUAGGAAACAACACCUCCUCUUCGCUGAUCCUCAACACUGCCCAACAGGGUGCGUGCUCAGCCCCUUCCUGUACUCCCUGUUCACCUAUGACUGCGUGGCCAAGCACGCCUCCAAUUCAAUCAUCAAAUUUGCAGACAUUACAUUGAUUACCAACAACGAUGAGACAGUCUACAGGGAGGAGGUGAGGGCUCUGGGAGUGUGGUGCCAGGAAAAUAACUUCUCACUCAAAGUCAACAAAACUAAGGAGAUAAUCGUGGACUUCAGCAAACAGCAGAGGGAAUACCCCCCUAUCCACAUCGAUGGGACUGCAGUGGAGAAGGUGGAAAGCUUCAAGUUCAUUGGCGUAUACAUCACUGACAAACUGAAAUUGUCCACCCACACAGACAGUGUGGUGAAGAAGAAGCAGGAGAACCUCAGGAGGAUAAAGAAAUUUGUCUUAGCACCUAAAACCCUCAUAAACUUUUACAGAUGCACAAUUGAGAGCAUCCUGUCGGGCUGUAUCAUUGCCUGGUACGCCAACUGCACCGCCCACAACCGCAAAGCUCUCCAGAGGGUGGUGCGGUCUGCCCAAUGCAUUACCAGGGGCAAACUUCCCGCCCUCCUGGACGCUUACAGCACCCGAUGCCAUAAUACGGCAAAAAAAAGAUAAUCAAGGACAUCAACCACCCGAGCCACUGCCUGUUCACCCUGCUAUCAUCCAGAAGGCGAGGUCAGUACAGGUGCCUCAAAGCUGAGACCGAGAGACUGAAAAACAGAUUCUAUCUCAAGGCCAUCAGACUGUUUAACACCCAUCACUAGCACAUCAGGGGCGGUUGCCUGUAGACAUUGAUUAGGAAUCACUGGCCACUUUUAGAAAUGGAUCACUAGCCACUUUAAUAAUGUUCCGUAUCUAGCAUUACUCAUCUCAUAUGUAUAAACUGCACUCCACACUAUUCUACGUUAUCUUAGUCACUUUUAAAUUGUGUUUACAUAUUGCAUCACCCAUUUCAUAUGUAUGCACUGUAUUGUAUUCUAUACUACACCGCUGUCUGUUAAACAGCCAUCUCCUGCACAUCAGAGGCUGCUGCCUAAAGACAUAGAUUAGGACUCAUUGGCCACUUUAAGGGAAUGAAACACUAGCCACUUUAAUAUUGUCUCCGUAUCUUGCAUUACUCAUCUCAUAGGUGUAAACUGUACUCUAUACUAUUCUACGGUAUCUUAGUCACUUUGAUUGUUUGUAAAUAUUGCAUCACCCAUCUCAUAUGUAUAUACUGUACUCUAUGCUAUGCCACUUUAUCUUAGACCAAUGCCGCUCUGACAUACAUGUACAUGUAUAUAUAUUCUUAAUCCAUUCCUUACUUAGAUUUCCGUGUAUGUUGGGUAUAUGUUGUGAAACUGUUAGAUAUUACUUGUUAGGUUAUUACUGCACUGUCGGCGCUAGAAGCACAAGCAUUUCGCUACACCCGCAAUAAUAUCUGCUAAACACAUGUAUGUGACCAAUCAAAUUUGAUUUGAUUUUCAUUUGUUUAUCUGUCAAUACCUUUCAUAGUUUAUUGUGUACAGUUUUGCACGUAGAUCACCAUUGAGAAUGAGUCGAAGGAUAUCAUCCACAUUGUCACGGUGGAUAAGCGGGAGACACAGAGGAACUCUGUCGUGGUGGAAAAGCAGGCUUUUAUUAGGACAAUUGACGAGCUCCUCUUGGAGGUCAAGUUGAAGGAGAUGCAGAUUUCGGCACUAAUGAAGAAAGGAAAGUACAAGGACUCUGUAUUCUUCAUUCCAUUGACAUGUGGCACGCGGCAAAAAUCUGGCCAAGAAAGUAAAUGCGAUGUGAAGCGGAACUGAGGACGGGACGGAAGAUGGCGGAAACUGAGGUUUUGUUUGCAACUGAUACGUCCAGCUGGUGGCGGUAGUGCACAAUUACAAUUGGAUGCCAACCGUCGUUAAACACCUAUCGAAGAAGAAGAAACGCUGUUUCCACGCCGCAUAAUGCAACAGGAUGCCAGUAGAAGAUACUGAGAACCAGGUUCCUCUUAUCCUCUCCAACCCGGCUAGUGCUGCUCUCACCCCGGGAGGAAUGGAGGAGGAUGGAGCCAACAGAGGAACCGCUGGAUGCUCAAUCUCCAUCACUGGGACCAGCCAGGGGGACACUGAGCAGCCUGCAAUGGCCUGCCCAGAUAGCACUGGAUCUGGGGAGGGCAGCAGUGCCAUUAAGAAGUCUGGAGCCCUGCUACACAUUGACCGUCAGCUUAUCCAGGCUGUGAGUGCCAGCUCCGGGGCUGCAGAGCUACAGGGUCUGGGUGUCGCCGUCUACGACCAGGAUGUGUUGGAGCAGGGGGUCUUGCAGCAGGUGGACCAGGCCAUACACGAAGCCAGCCAGGCUGCAGCCAAGGCCGAGGCAGAGAAGGAGUACCAGUCUGUAAUAGACGAUGUCAGGUCAUGUAUGGCAGCUCUGAAGCAUAUUAAUAAGAUCAUAGAGCAGCUGACUCCCUAUGCUACUUCCAGUAAAGACAUUAACAGGAAGAUGGAGUCUGUCAGACGGCAGAAAGAGAACAAGGAGAAGCAAUUGAAGAAGAUCAGAGCAAAGCAGAGGAGACUACAGGCCAUCCUGGGGGGAGAAGACACACUGAAGAUAGAGGCUGAGCUACUGCUGGAGGACGAUGUGGACGAAGAGCCCGGCCCAUCUACUCUGGGCAGUAUGCUGAUGCCGGAACAGGAGACUGAGUGGGAGGAGCUAAUCCGGACGGGUCACAUGACACCGUUUGGAACGAGGGUCCCUCAGAAGGAGGAGAAGAAGGAACCACGCAAGUUCAUGCUGUCUGAAAACUCUGGCUUCGACGCUUACCUGGCGGACCAAGCUAAGAUGGCAGUGGACAGGAAGAGACCUGCACCCCUAAAGCAGAAGAAGAAGACUGCUGUGGGCAAGGAAGGGAAAAAGACCAACGAAGCGGCUCUCCCCUCCUACUCUGUGGAUAAGAAGCUCCAGAAGCGAAUGCGUAAGCUGCAGAGGACCGCUCUGAAGGCCCACACUAAGGCCCCGGCUAAGAGGGUCACGCUGAUCCCCAAGCCCAGGACGAAGCUUCAAGCUGGGGGAGAUGAGAUGGACAGCGAGGGGUCUGAGUACCUCCCCAGUGAUGAACUGAUGGACCCUGAGAGAGAAGAGAGGGAGGACCGAGAUGAGGGCUGGGGAGAGGAGGAUGAGGUUGACUACUAUGAGUUAAAGCCCUACAGGAAGAAGAGUGAAGAAAAAGGGGGGAAGAAGGGGAAAAGGAGAGAGUGUGACGAGGAGUAUUACCCCGACAGCUCAGAGGAAGACAAGGGUUCAGGGAAAAAGGGAAAAGAGAAGAUGAAGAAAGACGACGGAGAUGUGGAGUUCUACAAACAGAGGAUACGGCGGUGGAGGCGGCUGCGGCUGAGAGAGAGGGAGGAGAAGAGAGAGAGAGGAGAGGAGGAGAGUGACCAGAGUGAUGCUGAGUUUGAUGAAGGAUUCAAAGUGCCUGGAUUCCUCUGGAAUAAACUCUUCAAGUACCAGCAGACAGGUGUAAGGUGGCUGUGGGAGCUACACUGCCAGCAGGCAGGGGGAAUCCUGGGGGAUGAGAUGGGUCUGGGUAAAACCAUCCAAGUCAUCGCAUUCCUGGCUGGCCUCAGCUACAGCAAACUACGCACACGAGGGUCCAACUACAGGUACCAAGGACUAGGUCCUACAGUGAUAGUGUGUCCAGCUACAGUCAUGCACCAGUGGGUCAGUGAGUUUCACACCUGGUGGCCCCCAUUCAGAGUGGCUGUCCUACACGACACGGGAUCCUUCACCCAAACAAAGGAGAAGUUGAUAUCAGAGAUGGCAGCAUGUCAUGGUGUCUUGAUAACGUCGUAUUCAGCCGUGAGGAUCAUGCAGGAGACCCUGCAGAGAUACGACGGCUGGCACUACGUUAUACUGGACGAGGGACACAAGAUCCGCAACCCUCACGCUGGAGUUACCACCGCCUGCAAACAGUUCCGUACUCCUCAUAGGUUCAUUCUAUCUGGCAGUCCUAUGCAGAACAAUCUGAAGGAGCUGUGGAGUCUAUUUGACUUUGUCUUCCCUGGCAAACUGGGCACGCUGCCUAUUUUUAUGGAACAGUUCUCUGUACCGAUCACCAUGGGGGGCUACAGCAACGCUUCACCUGUGCAGGUCCAGACAGCGUAUAAGUGUGCGUGUGUUCUGAGGGAUACCAUUAACCCUUACCUGCUCAGACGGAUGAAGGCUGACGUGAAGGCCAACCUCUCUUUACCUGACAAGAAUGAACAGGUUUUGUUUUGCAGGCUAACAGAGGCGCAGCGUGAGGUAUAUCAGGGCUAUCUGGACUCCAAAGAUGUCUACCAAAUACUGAAUGGAGAUAUGCAGGUGUUCUCGGGCCUGAUAGCACUGCGUAAGAUGUGUAACCACCCGGACCUGUUCUCUGGGGGUCCCAAGAUCCUGAAGGGUAUACCAGAGGACCAACUGACUGAAGAGGAACACUUUGGCUUCUGGAAACGUUCCGGCAAACUGAUGGUGGUGGAAUCACUGCUCCGACUUUGGUUUAAACAGCAACACAGAGUCCUGCUGUUCACACAGUCCAGACAGAUGUUGAGGAUAUUGGAGGUGUUUGUGAGGGAGAAUGGCUACACCUAUGUGAAAAUGGAUGGUACCACCACCAUCGCCUCCAGACAGCCUCUCAUCGCUCGAUACAACGAAGACAAGUCUAUCUUUGUGUUCUUGUUGACCACCAGAGUGGGGGGGCUGGGAGUCAACCUGACCGGAGCCAACCGAGUCAUCAUCUAUGACCCCGACUGGAACCCUAGCACUGACACACAGGCUCGAGAGCGAGCUUGGAGGAUCGGUCAGAAAAAGGAGGUGACUGUCUAUAGACUACUGACCGCCGGGACCAUUGAGGAGAAGAUCUACCACAGGCAAAUCUUCAAACAUUUCCUGACCAACCGCAUUCUGAAGGACCCCAAACAGCGACGCUUCUUCAAGUCCAACGACAUCUACGAGCUGUUUACCUUAUCUAACCCUGACGGGACGCAGGGCACUGAGACCAGCGCUAUAUUUGCAGGCACCGGUUCUGAUGUCCAAGCUCCUAAGAAGCCAGUCAGACCAAGGUCUAACCAUAGACACUCUGUAACCAAUCACAAUGUUAGCUCCACUGGAGGUGGAGCCAUCCCUUCCCCAUCGCCCCGGCCUGGAGACAGGACCAUCCACCUUCGCAGUAACAUCUCUCUCAAUAAGGACAGCCAGGAAGCCAACCAGGGCGAGGCAGAUAUUCCUAUUGGACAGUCCCAGACAGAAUGUGACACACAGCAUUCUAGGGAGGAGGGAAGCAAUGCUCAUAUACUCACAGACCCAGACAGAGACCAAAACUCCCUUCUGACCCACAAACACAGAGACUCACCCGUGACCAGCCCAAACCCACACAAACAUUCACACACUAACUCUGUCAGUCCCAGCACACAGAAACAACGAGACAAACACAGUCCACACAAACACAGAGAGUCUCAAGGACCCGGCCCCAGUCCCUACAAACACCGGGAGAAGAGGAAGCACUGUGACUCGACAGUAGAAGGACCUAAAAACAAACACGGGAAUCAGAAACAGGCCAAGGUCGAGGGUCAUCGCAUCUCUUACCUGGUGAAGAAGAGGAGCUACAAAGGACAAGAGGAGCGCGAGGAGCAGCCGGAGAAACAGGACCAGAGACAGAGCGACGACUAUGUACUGGCCAAACUCUUCAAGAAGUCGGGUAUCCACAGUGUGAUGCAGCAUGACUCCAUCAUGGAGGCGUCUAACCCAGACUUUGUCCUGGUGGAAGCUGAAGCUAACAGAGUAGCUAAAGACGCUUUGAAAGCUCUGAAGGUCUCCAGACAACACUGUAGACUGCCCUACAACCAACCUGCCCCAGCUCCAGCCAGGAAGAGGUUUGGUCAGAAGAAGAAUCCUUUGCUGUCUGCUCCUCCUGCUACAGUUGUCCCAGCUCGGGACAAAUGCAAGGUAACUACACACCUCAACACCACUGAGGUAGACAACAUAUUUGUAUUAGGGCACACAAAAUAAAAUGGUUUUCACAGGGUGUCUGCUGGUCCUUAAAAUGUUUUUUAUUUUUUAUUAAUUUAGCUAAAUGAAAGGCCUUUAAAAUGUCUUAAUGUCAGUUUUCAAUGGUCUUAGAAAAUUCAACCGGAGACGACUGUGUUUCCGCAAUGUUGUGCAGCUGCUUAUUGUUGCCACCACAGCAAAAUAAACAGUAUAGUGCAUUGUCUUCAUAAUUCCUCUAAUGAAAGUGUCUGCCCAUGUUCCUGUUUCGCCAGGACCUGCUGCAGUGAUAAUGAGCGAGCCACUUUUAACUUCCUUUUCCACUGCACUUAUUUUGGAGGAAAAAAAGUGUUCUGAUUCUAGCUAUAAGAAAAACACUGCAAUCCUGUGUAAUAUUCAGGGCAUAAAAUGAACACCCGCCACCUGACAAAUGCAGGUAGAUUUUGGCAUUGGUGGGUAAGAAUGUCUAAUUCACCAGCCACGUUGGCGUGUGGUAACUCCGGGCUCUACAGUGUGAGUGUUUAAUUUUUUAAAAAGUGUGUGUUGUGAUUUUAUAGCAAAAUAAAUGCUGCAGUAGCUGUUUUCAAAGUA